AUGUCUUCGAAUCGCUCCAUCCUGUCUUUACCACUUAGGAAGGAGGUAAUCACUGCACUCAGCGGUGCUGGCUACACAACGUUGCGUGACCUUGCGGGCGUUUCAGCGGAUAGCUUGUCUAAAGAACUCGCUAUCUCGGACGAAGUGGCUGACCAAAUUCUGAGCUAUCUGGCGCCUGCCCCGACCGCACCAGGAUUGUCGAUGACGCAGUCAGUCGCGGUCCUCGCCCAGCCUAAUGACAAGUUCUCGACGGGAUGCUCUGGCCUGGAUAAAAUUCUAGGCGGUGGUCUCCAACGUGGACACAUUCUUGAGUUAUCAGGCCCGCCUGGAAGUCCGAAGGAAUUGAUUGCUAGAAAUCUUAUCAUCGAGUUCGCAAAACUCGGCCAUAGCGUCAUUCUCGUUGAUUGCCAGAAUUCCAUCGACCUUAGGGCUCUUCAGCGUUCAUUGCAAGGGUCUGAUUCCCUACAAUCGGUUAGCUACCAGCGGGUGAUGGACCUGCCUUCGUUGCUCCUGUUCUUUGAGCACCUACCUGGGGUACUGGCACAGCGUACCAAGGAUACCCUCUUAGUUGUGGCAUCGUUGUCCUUCCCGUUCCAAUCCCCUGACCUCACGCCUGCGCGUCGAAAUAUCCUCCUGCAAAAGCUAAAACAACUUUUGGCGAAAGAAACGAACACUCAGCGCGUCACGGUGGUCACGACGUCAUCUCUAGCCACCAAAAUGGUUAAUGCCGACGGCUCGAUAGGCACGUUUGACACAGGCACCCAAGGUAUCAUGGUGCCGCAAUUGGGUUCGUUGUAUCUUCCAUCUGGGAAGUCUUGGAGGAUUUUGUUGGCUCCCAAUGAGCCAAUGAACGGUUUCGUGAGGUUAUACGCGUCGCCGCAACAUCAGCAAAACCCAGGGUCGUCGUACGCUGUCGAGCCGUACACCAUCGUCUCCGCUGCAGCAUAG